CUCUACUAUUCAUAACUACCUUAGGCCUACAACACACAUACAGAAGAUCAGUCCGACACGAUUUCUGAACACGAGAAAGAUCACCUCAAGGGAUUGUGGCUUACAAAGAUGGACAACCCCUUGAAUCCCGAUAAGACCGCAGCGGGUAUAGUCAUUGACCCAGCAACUUUGGAUAGAGUCGUUCCAAGCUCAAAAAGGAAGGAUGGAACGGUCCGAAAAGAGCUCAAAAUCCGACCAGGUUUCACACCCCAAGAAGACGUAGGAAGGUUUCGUUCUUCUCGUCAAGCCGCAUUAGCCGCUCCUACCUAUAUACCAGGAACCACUCGUCUCCGAGCUUCACCUUCCAAACCUGAAAACCCAUUCGCUCAACCAAAACCGCAAACAAAGCCAAAAAGUCAAGCAAAGAAUGAGAAGAGGAGAGAAAAAAGGGCUUUGGCAAAAUUGAGUGAGAAAUUAUGGGAUGAUGAGGAUGAAGAUGAUGUUGGGACUGGUGGUUUGAGAGAGGAUUUUGAGGAAGUAGAUAGAGAAAGAGCUGCUGCGUCUGGAGAAGUUGUAAAGGUUGAGGAUCCGCCCGAAAAUGAGGAAAGUCGUGUGGUAGGUGAUGAAAUUACCAAUGGACAAAUACCAUCAGGUCCAUCGCAGGAGAGUGACGAUAAGGAGACGCAAGACGUAGGGGCUGUCAGUAGUAUCGCAAUUGUGACGAAAAACCUAUCGGACGACGAAAGUGGAGCAAGUCGUCGAAUGGCAGAAUUGGAAUUAUUUGAUAUCCCUUCAGACGGCUUCCAACCGACCGACUCCAGAAUUGCUCAUGAAUCAUCUACCACCACCGCAUCGGAGUCAGAAUCACGACUACCCUAUUCAUCACAAAAUCCAGACGCCUCAACAUCGAAACAAAGUACCUCCCACGUAGACCCCGGAAACGCGAAAUCCACUAUGGCAAACGACAACACACUGGAAGAGCAACAUCAUCCUGACAAGUCGAAAUGGUCCACCAGGGCGUCAACAAGCCCAGACGAAUAA